AGCGUGUGUGUGAAACGACUUGGGACUCCCCAACCAGUGAAACUCUGAACUCAAUGCAGCUUCAGGUCAGAAUCCCGGUGGAAUCGGAGCGGUUUUGUUCGGGAGUUGAGUUGAAAUCGCAGGACUGUGGCUGCAGGUGACGGGAGGAACUCUGUUUACUGUAAGAAAGUGGCCGCUCCAUUGUGGGUCCCACGGUCUCCGGGCAGCUCGGUGUUUCUCUGAACACACCAUUUAAAGACCUUUUUAAAAUACAGGUCAAAAAGACUGAAUCUGUUGGCAGUGUGAACACCUGGCAAUAUGGCAAGCUGCUCCAUGUAAAUAUGUUCCAUGUUGCAGCCCAUAGCCUCUUUAAACUGUGAGAGCUCAGCCUGGGCUCUCUCUCUCACAUCGACACACACAUAGACACACACACACUCACUCACUCGCUACUCGUUCUCUUCCAGCGCCUUCCAGUUCUCCUAUCCCAUAUCACUCACCCAAAAUGCUAAAGUCCUGGCAUCAAAUCAGACUUCACUAAAUAAGCAAGAGACGCUUAAGCUGAAUAGCAUUGACCCAGAAGACGGGCUCUGAGCCACGUUAGAGGAUUUGUAUGGUUGCCUGUAGAAAAGGCGCAGGGACAGGAGGAGACUUCUAACUUUAAAGCCAGCAGCUCCGUCGACUCGCAUUGCGCUGGUUCACUUCGCUGGACCCCCUUAGGAAAUGGGCUGCGGGCUCUGAGCUCUUAGAAUACACCCGGACUACAACCUCUCAGUGCACCCGGAGUCUGCAAUCUCUCAGUGCACCCGGAGUCAGCAAGCUCUCAGUACACCCGGAGUCUGCAAUCUCUCAGUGCACCCGGAGUCUGCAAUCUCUCAGUACACCCGGAGUCUGCACUGUCUGGAUUCGGAUUAAGUUGGCAUUUGGCAGCAGCGGAUGUCUCCCGGAGCCUAGCCCAGUGCCACCAGGCUGUUAGAUGCCAGGAUAAGGCAGGCACUGACCCAGCUCCAGAGCUGUGCACACGUGGAAGGUGGAAGACAGAGCCCGGAGCCCGAGCCGCAACUUGGCGACGAGAGAGAGAGGGAGAGGAGGGGGUCCAUUGGGGAAUGAGGAGCUCGCUGCCGCCCAGCAGGGAAUCCGCCUGAAGGUGCUGAGCGAUCCGGAUCCGGAUUGAGUCCCGGAGCGGCAGCGAUGAGCGUGCGGCUGCUGCGCUACCUGUUGCUGGACUUGCUGGGUUUCUGGUGCCCGGUGUUGGACCGCAUGGCCCAGGCGAAAGGGGGCCGGCAGCUCGGCCCGCUCAUGCUGGGCUCCAGCUCCAACAGCUCGGCCAGACUGGAGCUGCCAGCCACCCCGGACCGCUGCAGGGGCUACUUCGAUGUGAUGGGUCAGUUUGACGCAGCGUUCAAUUGUAACACCAGCAUCUACCAGUACUGCUGCGGGACAUGUGGUUACCGGUACUGUUGCCAGUUUAAAGAGUCCCGCCUGGACCAGAGCAUCUGCUCCAACUAUGAUACCCCGAACUGGGCGAACGUGGGCAAACCCCCGCAGAGACCGGACGACAAUGCGUUUGACCAGACCCGAGAUAAAACCAACUUGAUCGUCUACUUCAUCUGCGGCGUGGUGGCCGUCAUGGUGCUGGUGGGAAUCUUCACCAAGCUGGGCCUGGAGAAAUCACAGAGACCCCAGAGGGAGCUCAACUCCAGGGCUCUGACUGAUGUUCUGAAACAGCAGGGUCAGUCUACCAGCAAUCAUGUUGAAAGAGAUGGGAAGGUAGCAAUUCACGUGCAACAUGAAACCAUGCAGCCAACAAGCUCCAGAAACACCUUUGACCAGACACAGAUGAAUAACGCGGGACCCACCUACCCUCUGAUCUCGCAGAUGCCACAGCCCCAUUCCUACCCCUCUUUGGGACAAGGCUCACAUUCCUUUGAGCAGCAAGUCCCAGGCAAAGAGUUGAAUAAAUACGCCUCGUUAAAACUCGUGGCUGAAAAGGCGAGCGAUGACUUUUUUGCGAAGCGCCAACAUUUUGCAGAGCUGGCCUCGAAGGGGAGCCUGCCCUUGCAUCCCGUGGCGAUGCCAAUGGACCAUGAGGACCCCAUGCCCCGUGCCAACACCUACAACCCCAAGCUCACUGGACAGAGGAACAAAAUGACCAAGAUGCACACGCACCCGCUGGUCUUCGACGCUGAGUACAAGACGUGGGACCCGAGCGAUACGGCUAUCCGCAGGCAAACCUACGCCAACAAGAGACCCUGCACAGUGGGUCCUCUGGUAGAGAAAGCCAGCCCUCAGCCACAGCAUUACACAGCAGCACCACAGCCAUACUUUGUAACCAACAGCAAAACCGAAGUGACGGUGUGAUGGUGAGCAUCCUUUCUGUUUCCCAGAACAGAAAAGGAAGAGGAGACUGCCGUUCCCAAGAGCUACCUGACUGAGAACUGAACUAUUUUUGGGAUGAACUCAUGCCGUUGUUUAAUCCGAAUGGGUUGGGCUGAAGCCCGAUCCAAAGUGGAUCUAAAGUCUGCAAAAUGAGCAAUACACACUGAAGGGUUCAAUAACGAUGGGCUUUGUGUUCGUGUAUCAAAAAAAACCCCACACACUAAAAAAAAAAUUACAAAAAAAAAGUGAUUUUCUUUAAAACAGAAAUUACCGACUUUGAAUGAAUUCACUCUGGGUUUUUGGUUCUUGAUGGUAAUUGAGACAAGGAAUCGCUUUUGGGAAUGUUUAAGAGAAUGGGGAGCAUGUCUUAUUGCUGUUUUGUAACCUCCUCAACAAAUUUGGAAAUGUUAGGGAGUGGAUAAAGCAGAGCCCCCUCCCCCGUCUUAACUGGCGAUCUUCCUGGUCAGCUUCGAGACCCUGUGCUGGUCUUAGGCUCUCUGGGAAGGCUGGGUAAUAUAGGUUGUGCCUUCAUAGUGGAGAAUGAUGCUUCAUACAGCUAGCCACACAUCCUCUCAUCUCUCUUCUGAAUCUCUGCUGAUGUUGCUUCCUGUGUUCUUACCGCAGAAAAAGGGGUCAAAUUGAUGCCAACAAGACAAAUCAGAGGUCCCCAUCGCCACUCCCACCCCAAUAUCCAGGCAGCAGACAUUGGUGGGAUUUCUCUGUUGGUGAAUCGAUGUGAUGGCCUCUCUCUCUCUCUCUCUCUCACACAUAAACCAUGCUGAGGGACUACGGUGAGGAAUGAAAAGGGGGAGGAAAGGGAAUAAACUUCCACCACAUUUUAUUACACUUCAGAAGGGAAUCCAAAACCUUGCUUGGCUCACACCAUCAGCUUCUGUACCGAGUGCAAAGGGAGCAAAACUCUGCUUUCUAUCAUCUUACAACAAGCAGCUCACGACAGACGUCCGCGCUGAGAAUGGGUCUGUUUUCACUUUGUAUUGUAGGUCAGCUGAAGUGGGUUUUCCUGCACCCAGCUGCUCGUUGGAUAACGCCAUCUUUCUGACACAGUGAAUGGGGCUGAUGGCUGUACAAUGUCCAGUUCAGAAACUGAUGAGUUAAGCUUGGGACCUUAACAUGAAAUUUUCAAUUCCUUUCUGUGUAAAGUAGAUAAUUUAGUCUUUGCGACCCACAGAACCAGUUAGAUUCAUUUAUUGGUCCAAGGGAUUGAUUUGUCAGCUCAAAGGAUUUUAAGAAACCAUUUUAAUUCAUUUCUCAAUAUUCUGCUGUUUAUAGGAAACAUUGUUAGCACGUUCCAUGACUCUAAGGUCCCUUCCUCCCCCCUUUUAACACCUCUCUGUGUUCCUGCUGCUUCAGAUGAAAGAUUCGGGCACUUUGCAGCUUCUCGGCCUGAUGGGAAAUGUGAGAUUGCUGUUUUAUGAACCUGAAGCCAAACCAGAAGUAAAUAAGGAAAGCAAAAAAGUUGUUUUUUUUUAUGCGGGGGGGGGCUAAUUUCUCAGAAGCGCAGCGUUGUUACAGAACAGGAAGCCAUUCAGCACAUCCACGCCUGGUUCUAUUCCCUAGCCAUGAUGUGGAGGAGCUGGUGUUGGACUGGGGUGGGACAAUGUUAAAAGUCACCAGGCUAUAG